AUGAGCAAAGAAAGACAAAUUGUGAUCAUUACGUCUGAUGGAGACCGGUUUACGGUGGAAAGGAAAGUGGCGGAAAAAUCGAUUUUGAUCAAAAACAUGCUAAAGAAUCUAUUGCCACCAGAAGGGGAGGAGCCGGACAGUGACGAAGACAACGAAGAUAAUGAACCAAUUGAAAUCCCUACACAAAAUGUUCGAUCUGCCGUUAUGAAGAAUAUUUUAGAAUGGUGCGAGCACUACAAAGAUUACAACUUUCCAGACGACGAACAGGACGACGACUCUAAGAAAUCGGCUCCUAUUGAUCCAUGGGACAGUAAUUUCUUGAACGUCGAUCAAGAAAUGCUCUACGAAAUCAUUUUAGCUGCCAAUUAUUUGAAUAUUAAACCACUUCUUAACGCUGGAUGUAAAGUUGUUGCCGAGAUGAUCCGUGGAAAGUCUCCAGAGGAGAUCAGAAAAACUUUUAAUAUUGUCAAUGACUUUACUCCUGAGGAGGAGGCUGCCAUAAGAAGAGAGAACGAAUGGGCUGAAGAUCGUUGA